CUACAUCAAGCAACUUAUCAUUUCGUAUCAUCAAACCUCUACAAUGAUGUUGUUAAGGUUUUUAAUAUUUGCGGUCUUCUGCAGUGCCGCGUUUGCUAACAUUUCUAAAAUAACUAACACAAUCAAAAGAGAAGGAUUCGCUGGCAAUGAAUCUUCUGGCGAUUGGUGGGAAACAUCUGUGUUUUACCAGAUUUACCCCAGAAGCUUUAAAGACAGUAAUAACGAUGGGAAUGGUGAUCUACAAGGAAUAAUCCAAAAACUGGAUCACAUUCAAGAUGCAGGUGUAGAUGCUGUAUGGCUCUCACCAAUUUAUAAAUCCCCACAAGUGGAUAAUGGUUAUGACAUUUCAGAUUAUCGUGAUGUUGAUGAAAUCUAUGGAACUCUGGAUGACUUGAGACAACUAGUUGACGAAGCUCACAAACGUGACAUCAAGGUGAUCCUAGAUUACGUUCCCAAUCACACCAGUGAUCAACACGCAUGGUUCCAAGCCUCUUUGAAAAACGAAUCUGUAUACGCUGACUACUAUGUCUGGAAAGACGCUGUUAUAGUCAAUGGAACCAGAACUCCACCAAAUAACUGGAUUAGCCAAUUUAAAGGAUCUGCUUGGGAAUGGAGUGAAGAAAGACAACAGUACUAUCUUCACCAAUUUUCUGUCGCUCAACCUGACUUAAACUACCGUAAUCCAGCUGUUGUGGAUGAAAUGAAAGACGUUUUAAGAUACUGGUUGAAUUUUGGUAUCGAUGGAUUCAGAAUGGACGCAGUACCAACUUUAUUUGAAGACGCAGAGUUCAGAGAUGAGCCUCUGUCAGGAGACCCAAACUCGGGUCCUGAAGAUUCUGGAUAUUUGAUUCACAUUUACACGGUUGAUUUAAACGAAACUAUUGAAUUAAUCUACGAAUUCAGAGAGCUUUUGGAUGAAUACAACGCCAACCAGUCAUAUCCUCGUAUUAUGAUGACCGAGGUCUAUAGCGAUAUCAACACUACCAUGCUGUACUACGGAACAAAAGAUGGAUCCAGGAAAGGUGCCCAUUUCACCUUCAACUUCUGGACUUUUAUCAUGGGUCUUCAGAAGGGAUUUAGCUCGUAUGACUUGGAGAACUCUAUAAUGAACUGGCUGCUAAAUAUCCCAUAUGGGUAUAUUUCCAACUGGGUGUUAGGAAACCACGACCAGACCAGAGUUUCCACCAGGUUAGGACCUGAAAACGUCGAUGCUUUAAAUAUACUAGUUUCUAUAUUGCCUGGAGUUCAAAUAACUUACAAUGGUGAAGAAAUCGGCCAGGAGAAUGGAGAAGUAACUUGCGAGCAAGGAUACGAUCCACAAGCUAUUAAAAACUGCAGUACUUUUAACCAAACGAGCAGAGACUUUGAAAGAACUCCUUUUCAGUGGGACUCAACAGUAAAUGCAGGAUUUAAUGAGGGUGCUGAACCUUGGUUACCAGUGAGCCAAAAGUACCUACAGACGAAUCUAGAGAACCAAAACCUUACUGAUAUAAACAGUCAUUACAACAUCUACAAACAAACAGUGGAAUUAAGACAGAGCUUCAGAAAUGACACUGACUAUGUCCUAUCUUUUUCUUCCGUAGAAAACCUCUUUGUUCUUCAAAGAUUUUUAUAUAACUCAGAUAUUUAUGCAUUUUUCUACAACGUAGGCGAUGAAGUUUUAAGUCCAUCGACUUUUAACGUAGCUGCGAACUCAACAGUUGUUAUAAGGAGCAAUAACAGUGCCUAUAACAUAGGAGAUAUUUUUAACUACACUGGAGAACUUCAACCUAAGGAGGCAGUACUUGUAUUAAUGGACUUAUGAAUGAAACGAAGAAAUAAUUAAAUUGUACUUCUCUUUCCUUUAAAUAAACAAUUAUUCAGAA